AUGAGAAGAUUGAAGUCUUCUGAUGAGGUGAGAAAAGCUGCUGCCAAGCUCACUUCAAGGGACCUCAUGCAGCUGCAGGAGGUCAUAGACCUCAUCCAAUUUGAGCCUGAAGAAGAUGCACCAAAGAAAAGGGCACUGAAAAAGAAUGUGAGUGAUGUGAGCCUGGACUCAGAAGGUUAUCCCAGGUUCAACAGCCCAGUCCAAAAGGGGAAGGGCACAGGUCAACAAGACACCUUGGUAAAAGGAUUCCCCAUCCCCAAGCUUCCUCAGAAGGAGAAAAGGAAGCCACAAAGGGGCUACAUCACAGGCACCCAGGAGAUUGGAGGAAAGUGCAAGCUCAUUGUGGAAGUGAGCAGUAUCAGGUCAGCACAGUACAAAAAGGUCAUCAACACAAUUUAUGAGAGAUUGAAGGAUGACAACUUGAGCAAAGCAGAAGCCUUGCAACUGAGGGCUGGGAUUGGCAUGGCUGGCAUGACUGGUCAAGCCAUGGCUGGCAGGCUGGAAGAGAAGACAGACCAAAACAAAACAGGAGGUGAUGACAUGCUCAAGGAAGACAGAAAUGAAACAGAGAAAGCAGAAGCCCUUGAGAAAAGGGAAACCAAAUUGGAGGUGGAAAGCUCAGAUGAUGACCUGGACUGCAGAAGUAAAAGGGACAAUCAGAAGGGAAGAGGCUGCUGGGAUGGAUGGAGCUCCCUUGUGAGAACACCAGAGCCAACUGGAGAGAAUGGCAAGUUCUCAUUUAUGGUGGAGCAAAAAUGGGGAGUGAUCUUUGAUGACAGCUUCCUAGUCCUCCAAGAGUGCUUCAUGGGUGGUGCCAGGGUAUAUCCCAUUACAACCAAAAGGGAGCAACACCAAUGGAAUGAGAAGAACAUUCCUGCUGGCAAGCCCUAUGCCUACAGGUUCCUGUCCCAUGCUGUGGUAAUGAAGGCAGGAAUCCUCAAGCAAACAAGCAAAAAGCAAACCUUGAUGAAAGGCCCCAAAACAAAGCAGACCCUGAUGAAAGGCACCAAAACAAAGCAGACCUUGAUGAAAGGCCCAAAGGAAAAGCAGACCUUGGUGAAAGGUCAGAAGACAGUUGCAAAACCUGGCCCAAAACCGAAGAAAUCUAGUUUGACCAAAGCAAAGUUAGCCCAGCUGGGGAAGCUCUCUUUGAAGGAGAAGGUUGAAAAAAUCACAGAGGAAGCUGAGACCAAAGAAGAGGCAGCUCAGGUUCUCAAAGAAGCUAUCAGCCCAAAUGAGAGAGGUCAAAUUUGGUCCAAACACCAAAUUGCACUGAAGACUGAUCAAGAAGCGCAGAAAGAGCACAGUGAGAUGAACAAGACCCAAAAGGGUCUGGCAUCUUUGCUAUGGUUUGUUGAAAACCAAAGCAAAAAAUUUUACAAUGCAACUGCCCAAUUUGGAACCAAGCAAACCUUGAUAAAAGGCGACACAUGGAAAUCAGAAAAACAAAUGUUGGAGGAAUUUGGACUUGAAGAGUUCCAGUUGCAUGUGCAAAGUGGUCGAAUCCAGUGGCGCAAUGACCCCUACACAGAAGGGGUGUACAAUUACAAAGAUUUGAAUGAUGUCAAGGGACAAACUGAGGUCACCAGAAAAAGAAACCAUAGCAUGGGCAUUGAAGUGGAAGCCUCUGAUCUUCAUGAAGAAGGCUUCAUGAAGAAUUGGUCCAAAGGACAACACCACCUGCUGGAUGACAUUGGGCAUGGCAGCAAGGGAGCUGGGAAAAGUUCCUCCAGCAAAGGCAACAAAGGAGCUGGCAAAGGUGGCAAGGCCAGGGGCAAUGGCCAGGGAUUGCUGGCCUUGACCAAUAGUGAAGAUGAAGAAAAGGAAAAACAGGACAAGGAUGAAGAUGAAAAAACUGCUUGGAACAAGUGCUUGGUAAAAGCACAGAAAGCGAAAGAAGGGUGCAUCCUGGCCAUUGCCAACAUGGAAGAAGCUGUGGGCUCUGCCCAGAAGGCUGGCAGACUCACCAAAGCCACCAGAAAGGAUUAUGAGGCUAUGAUGAAAGAAGUGGAGGUGAAGGCGGAGAAGCUCAAGAAGCUUUUGAAAUUGAAAGGGAGCCAGUACAGCCUGGAGAAUGCCAAGGCCCUCAUCCAAGAAGCUGCCAACAAGACAAAGGAGCUGAAGGAUGAGACUAAGGAAUGCAUAGGCCUUGCCAACAAAGCUGGGUCCAAAGCAUCCACAUCCAAGAAAUGA